AUGUUGCUGAAAAAAGAAAAGCUCAUUGAGAAAGAGAGAAAUAAACUUGAGAAACAGUUUGAGGAUGAGGUUAAGAAGGCCAAAGCCCUCAAAGAUGAGCAGGAUCAUCAAAGGGAGCAGAUGGAACAGGAGAAGAAAAAACUCCAGGCUAUCAUGGAUGCCGCUGUGAAAAAGCAGAAGGAUGCUGAGGAGGAGAUGUGCAACAAGCAGAAAGAGAUGCAGGAUCUUGAAAAGAAAAGGCUUGAACAAGAGAAAUUGCUGGGUGAGGAGAAUAAAAAGCUUCGCGAGAAGCUGCAGCAACUUUCUACACCUAAAAAAUUAGCAACACCCCACACUAAAGAAACGGAGAUUCAAACUGAUGAGGUCCCUGAAGAUGAGCUAAUUGCAAUGACAAUGGUGGGAACUACAAAUAAAGUAUUCAAUGGUUCUGCAGUAGUAGACGGUGCGAAGAAAAACAAAGAAUCACCAUUUGCUUUUGAUGGGAUUAGGGAGAAGGUUCCUGCCAGCAGGCUCUAUGACAUUGGUAUACUGAACAAAAAGGACUUUGACAUGCUGAAAACAGGGAAAACCACUGUGCAAGACCUGAGCGAGACAGAGAAAGUGAAAACAUGUCUCAAAGGCAAGAAUAGUGUUGGCGGAGUCUUGACCCCGGCCAAGCAAAAAAUGAGUGUGUAUCAGGCCAUGAAAGAGAAUCAACUUUCUCCUGGCGCUGCCACAAUGCUUCUUGAAGCUCAGGCAGCAUCUGGGUACAUCAUUGAUCCAGUGAAAAACAGAAUGCUCUCUGUGGAUGAAGCUGUAAAGGGGGAAUUAAUAGGUCCAGAACUCCAUAACAAAAUGCUUUCUGCAGAAAAAGCAGCUACUGGUUACAAAGAUCCUUAUACUGGAGACAAAAUCUCACUCUUUGAGGCAAUGAAAAAGGGGCUGAUUGAAAAAGACCAGGCCGUUAGACUUCUGGAUGCUCAGAUUGCAACUGGUGGAAUAAUUGACCCUGUCAAUAGUCACCGUGUACCACUCCAGACAGCCUAUAAGCAGGGCCAAUUGGAUGCUGAGAUGAACAGAACUUUAUCAAACCCUUCUGAUGACUCAAAGUUAUUCAUUGACCCAAGCACUCAGGAGAGCCUCACUUAUCAGCAACUAUUGGAGAGGUGCACCCCAGAUGCAGAGACAGGCCUACUUGUGUUACCAAUCACAGAGAACGCUGCACAAAGUGACAAGACCUAUACAACUGAAGAGACUAAAGAUGUAUUCACUAAAGCAAAUAUCUCUGUUCCAUUUGGAAGAUUCCAAGGCAAGACUGUGACCACUUGGGAAAUCAUUAACUCAGAGUAUUUUACUGAGCCACAGAGGAAGGAUCUGAUUAGUCAGUACAAGACCAGAAAAAUCACAGUGGAAAAAUGUAUCAAACGUGUCAUUAGUGUCGUGGAAGGCAAAGAGAAGAAGAAUGAAAUUGUGUUUGACGGUCUGAGGACUCCUGUCACUGCAGCUGAACUUCUAGAAUCUAAGAUCAUUAAUAAAGACUUGUUCAACAAAUUGUAUAAUGGCAAAACAACUGUCAAAGAAAUCUCUGAGAUGGAGCGUGUUAAGAAAGCUUUAAGAGGAACUCAUAGCAUUGCUGGAGUGAUCGUUGAGUCAACAAAGGAAAAAAUACCAUUCUAUCAGGCUGUAAAGAAACAGAUGCUCUCUCCCGAGACUGCAUUGACUCUUCUUGAGGCUCAAGCUGGGACUGGAUUUGUAAUUGAUCCUGUCAAAAAUCAGAAGCUCACUGUGGAUGAGGCUGUUAAAUCAGGUCUUGUUGGCCCAGAGAUGCAUGAAAAACUUCUGUCUGCAGAGAGAGCUGUUAAUGGGUACAAAGAUCCCUACACUGGAAAUAAUGUAUCCCUAUUUCAGGCAAUGUUGAAAGACCUUAUUAAGAAUGACCAGGGUAUCCGUCUGCUAGAGGCUCAGCUUGCAACUGGAGGUAUAAUUGAUCCAGUCAAAAGUUAUCGCAUCCCACAUGAUGUUGCCUGCAAACGUGGAUAUUUUGACGAUAAAAUGUACAAGACCUUGAGCAACAACACUGAUGAAACUAAAGUAUUCUUUGAUCCUAACAUGUGGGAAAAUGCAUCGUAUGUACAACUCAUGAACAAAUGUGUCACUGACAAAGAGACUGGUUUUCCAUUUCUUCCACUCUCAGAGAAAGCAAUUCAAAAGUCAAAAGAGGAGCAUUACAAGUCAGAAGAGGAUCAUCAAUACACUGAGGUCCAGAUCAAAGAUGCCCUGAAUCAGGCAACUAUGGAGCUGCAGUAUGGACCUUUCAAAGGAAGGAAAGUCACUAUUUGGGAGAUCAUAAACUCUGAAUAUAUUACAGAGGAACAAAGAAUCGAGUUGAUUCGACAGUACAGAACUAGAACAGUGACUAUUGAAAGAAUUAUUACAAUCCUUGUCACAAUGGUUGAUAAAAAGGAGACCAAGAAACAGGAAAAAGAACAGGCCAGCUUUGAAGGGCUUAGAUCAACUGUCACUGCCAGCUCAUUGUUUGAAUCCAAAAUAAUUGAUAAAGCUACAUAUGAUCAACUCCAACAGGGCAAAAAGAAACCCAAAGAAAUCAGUGACAUGGACAUAGUCAGGAAGUACUUGCAAGGAACAGAUGGACAGAUUGCAGGCAUCUAUAUGGGUGACUCAAAGGAAAAGGUUAGCAUUUAUCAAGCAAUGAAGAAUAAUAUAUUGAGACAAACUACAGGUAUUGCAUUGCUCGAGGUACAAGCAGCAACUGGUUUCAUUAUCGAUCCUGUCAAAAACCAGAGGUACACUGUGGAUGAUGCUGUGAAAGCAGGAGUUGUUGGUCCUGAGGUUCAUGAGAAACUUCUUUCAGCUGAGAAAGCAGUGACUGGUUACAGAGAUCCAUACACAGGCAACCAGAUUUCACUCUUCCAAGCCAUGAAGAAGGAGCUUGUGCUACGAGAACAUGCCAUUCCCCUGUUGGAAGCUCAAGUGGCCACAGGAGGAAUUAUUGACCCAGUCAGCAGCCACCGUGUUCCAAAUGAUGUGGCCUUCCAACGUGGCUAUUUCAAUAAGCAGAUGGCUAAGACCUUUACUGACCCCUCAGGGGAUAUCAAAGCCUUCGUUGAUCCUAACACUAAUGAAAGUUACACCUAUAAACAACUGCAAGAGAAAUGCAUAAGAGAUCCAGAUACCGGUCUGUGCUUCCUGACACUAUCAAAGGCUGAAGCUCAAACUCCAGUGGAAAAGUCCUACGUAUACACAGAAGAACAGGCACAGACAGACUUGACUAACACUCAAGUGGAUAUCCCUCUUGGGACCUAUGCAGGGAAGGUAAUGACCCUAUGGGAUGUCAUUGGGUCAAACCUGCUCCCUGAGGAGGAAAAGCUAAGGCUCCUGGAACAGUAUCGCCGUGGGCAAAUCACAAAGGACAGAAUGAUCAUCAUCGUCAUUGAAAUCAUUGAACAAAGGGAGAUACUGAAAGUAGAGCAGAGCAUGUCCUGUGAUGUAAUCAGACGAAGAGUCACUAUUGAGGAGCUCUACAGUUCUCGCAUUAUCGACCUUCAAACAUACAAUCUGUUGAAGCAAGAGAAGAAAACUAUCCGUGAGGUUAUGGAAAUACCAUCUGUAAAGCAGUAUCUUUUUGGCACUGGCAGUAUUGCUGGAAUCCUCUCAGACUCCCCCUCUAAGGUCAGUAUUUACCAGGCCAUUAAGAGAGGUCUCAUUAAGCCUGAUUUUGGUAUCAGUCUCCUGGAGGCACAAGCAGCAACAGGAUUCAUCAUUGACCCUGUCAAAGAUGAAUUGCUAACAGUUGACGAGGCUGUGCGCAAAGGGAUAGUCGGCCCUGAAAUCCACAACAAACUUCUUUCUGCCGAGAGGGCAGUCACUGGCUACAAGGAUCCUUACAGUGGAAAAGUAAUCUCUCUCUUCCAAGCGAUGAAAAAAUGCCUUGUUCCUGAGGACUAUGCCCUAAGGCUCCUUGAAGCCCAGGCUUCCACUGGAGGCCUUAUGGAUCCAGAAUACUACUUCCACCUUCCCACAGAUGUUGCCAUGCAACGCGGGUACAUCAAUAAGGAAACAUAUGACAGGAUCACUGAUCCAAACGGUGAUGUACAAGGUUAUGUUGAUCCAACCACAGAGGAGAGACAGACCUAUGCCCAGCUGCUGAAGAGAUGCAAAGUUGAUAAAGAGAGUGGUCUGCAAUUACUUUCACUGGCAGACAGAAGGCUGCUUUUCAAGGGUCUCAGAAAGCAAAUCACCUUGGAUGAGCUGCUUCGUUCGCAGAUUAUUGACCAAAAGACAUACAAUGAUCUCAUUGAAGGCCUUAUCUCAGUAGAAGAGGUCAGCAGAGAAGUGAAGAAGUACCUUGAGGGCACAAGCUGCAUUGCCGGAGUAUAUGUAGAAUCCAGCAAAGACCGCCUGUCCAUCUACCAAGCAAUGAAAAAGAACAUGAUAAGACCCGGGACAGCCUUUGAACUUCUUGAGGCUCAAGCAGCAACAGGAUAUAUAAUUGACCCAAUAAAAAACCUGAAGCUCAAUGUCGGUGAAGCUGUUAAAAUGGGAGUCGUUGGUCCAGAGUUCAAAGACAAGCUCAUCUCUGCUGAGCGUGCCGUUACAGGCUACAGGGAUCCGUACUCUGGCAAGACCAUCUCUCUAUUUCAGGCCAUGAAAAAGGGUCUCAUUCUGAAAGACCAUGGCAUUCGUCUAUUGGAAGCCCAAAUUGCCACUGGUGGGAUCAUUGAUCCAGAAGAGAGUCACCGCUUGCCAGUCGAGAUGGCCUACACACGUGGUCUGUUUGAUGAGGAGAUGAAUGGCAUUCUUACAGACCCAUCUGAUGACACUAAAGGCUUCUUUGACCCUAACACUGAGGAGAAUCUCACUUACCUGCAGCUGAUGGAGCGAUGCCUGAUUGACCCGGAAACUGGACUUGCACUUUUGCUGUUAAAAGAAAAGAAACGUGAGAGGAAGACAUCCUCCAAAUCAUCUGUGCGUAAACGUAGAGUAGUCAUUGUUGACCCAGAGACAGGCAAAGAGAUGUCUGUGUAUGAGGCAUAUCGUAAAGGACUUAUUGAUCACCAGACCUACAUGGAGCUUGCAGAUCAGGAGUGUGAGUGGGAGGAGAUUACUAUCUCCUCAUCUGAUGGUGUUGUGAAGUCCAUGAUCAUUGAUAGAAGGUCUGGCCGACAGUAUGAUAUUGAUGAUGCCACCACAAAGGGCCUCAUUGACCAGUCUGCUCUGGAUCAGUACCGUGCUGGCACUCUGUCCAUCACAGAGUUUGCAGACAUGCUGUCCGGAAACAUAAGUGGCACGAGAUCUAGGUCAUCCUCCUUUGGGUCCACAUCAUCUCACUCCAAUAGCCCAGCCCCCUCUAUCAAACUCCCAGCAACAAUAUGGAAUGACCCAACAGAAGAAACUGGCCCUGUGGCUGGAAUACUGGAUACUGACACAUUGGAGAAGGUGUCAGUCACAGAAGCCAUGCACAGAAGUCUUGUGGACAAUAUCACAGGUCAAAGAUUGCUGGAGGCUCAGGCUUCCACUGGUGGCAUCAUUGAUCCAAACACUGGAGAGAAGUUCUCAGUUGCAGAUGCAAUGAACAUGGGACUUGUGGAUAAGAUCAUGGUUGACCGAAUCAACCUGGCACAGAAGGCCUUCAAUGGAUUUGAGGAUCCCAGAACCAAAACAAAAAUGUCUGCUGCACAAGCAUUAAAAAAGGGGUGGUUGUACUACGAGGCGGGUCAGAGAUUCCUGGAAGUACAAUAUCUAACUGGUGGUUUGAUUGAACCAGAGGUCACUGGCAGAGUUCCACUGGAUGUUGCUAUCAACAAGGGCACCCUAGAUGCACGUACUGCACAGAAGCUACGAGAUGUCAGUGGAUACUCCAAAUACCUCACCUGCCCCAAGACAAAGCUUAAGAUCUCAUACAAGGAUGCCAUGGAUAGAAGCAUGAUUGAGGAGGGUUCUGGUCUGCGUCUGUUGGAAGCCUCUUCUCAGUCAAGUAAAGGUCUUUACAGUCCUUACAGUGUUAGCGGUUCUGGGUCAGCAUCCGGUUCCCGACCCGACUCAAGAACUGGCUCCAGGUCAGGCUCCAGACGAGGGAGCUUUGAUGCCACAGGCUCUAGUUUCUCCACUAAUUUAUCUUCCUCAUCCUUCAGCUCCACAAGCUAUGGGCGCAGAUAUGAUGCAGGAUCACACAGCGGACUUAGCAUGGAUGAGCUAGCACAGGCCCUGACAUCAUUAGCAACGGGCAGGAACUGCAGUUCUGAACAGAGAAAAUUCACCAUAAUACAGACCAAUUACUCGCCAGUUGCCUAA